AUGAUGAACAUGAAGAUGAUGAACAUGAAAAUGAUGAACAUCAUGAAGAUUAAGUUGAUGAAGAUGGUGAAGAUGAAGAUAAUGAAAAUGACGAUGAAGAAUGAAGUUGAGGUAAAUGAAGAUGAUGAGGUUGAUGAAUAUGAUACAGAAGAAUAUGAUGAUGAAGAUGAAGGUAAAGAAGAUGAACAUAUUAGAGAUAAUAAGGAUGAAUAUGAUGAAGAUGAAGAUGAUGAUGAUGAUGAAAAUGAAGCUGAUGUAGAUAAAGAUACAUAUGAUGAAGAUGAAGAUUGUGAGGAUGAAGAUGAAGAUGAUGCAGAUGAAGAUAAAGAAGAUGUGAAGAUGAUGAAGAUGAAUAUGUUGAAAACGGACGAUGAAGAUGAUGAAGACGAAGAUAUUGAAGAAUAUGGUAAAGAUGAUGGUGAUGAAGGUUAUGAAGAUGAUGAAGCUGAAGAUAAUGAAAAUAAUGAAGAUGACGAUGAAGAGGUUGAAUGA